AUGGCACCUAGACUUCCUCCUCCACCGCAACCUACUGACCCUGAUGCGUCCAACAACGCUAGGUUGUUGGAAACGAUAGUUGAUAGACUGCAACAACAGAAUAACACACUGAUGGAGCAGAACGCCACUCUGAUGCAGCAGAACCAGAGUGCGUUGCAGAGUUUGGAAGCUGCUCGCGCCAACUCUGAAGCGACACAGAGGCAGUUAAUGGAUAUCCUUGCCGCUACCAGAAGUACACCGGGAGCGUCCUCUUCUAACGCUACCCAACAUGCUGAAUGGAGUUUGGAGAGCUUUCUCCAACAUCAUCCCGCCAAGUUUAAUGGAAAAUGCCUUCCUGAUGAGGCAGAUCAAUGGCUGCGGGACAUGGAGAAGAUCUAUAAUGCAAAGAGGUGCCCGGACGACAACAGAUUGGCGUUUACUGAAUACCUGUUGACUGGUGAGGCCAGCCACUGGUGGGCGAGCGUGAAGACUAUCCUAACAGACGCUCAUGCUCCCAUCACUUGGGAAGUUUUCAGGAACAAAUUUUAUGAAGAGUAUUUCCCAGACAGCGUUCGUUACGCCAAGGAAGUUGAAUUUCUUCAACUGGUACAAGGAGGGAAGUCUGUGUCGGAGUAUACCAGUACGUUCAAGCAUCUGUUGAGGUUCAAUACCGUGGCCGCUAAUGAAGAAUGGCAGUGCCGGAAAUUUGAGAAUGGGUUGAGGAGUGAUUUGAAGGUGCUGAUAUCCAGCCACUGUAUUAAGUCUUUCCCUUCAAUGGUCGAGAGGGCUAAGGUACUGGAGAAGAAUAUGGCAGAAGUAGAACGACAGAAGAAACAACAACAGGGGGUUAGGGGGCCGACCAUGACCAGAAAUAAUGCUAAUAUGAGGAAGUCCCCUUACGAUCGUCCAAAUCAACCUCGCAGUGGGUCGCAAUCUAUGGUGGUUGCCGGACAGUCUGGGCAACAGGGGGCGGUCAAGUGUUUUAGGUGUGGGGGACCUCACUACAAGUCUUCAUGCCCUCAGUUGGUGGGAGAGAAGUAUUGCAAUCGUUGCAGAAGAAACGGUCACUUGGAGAGUGAGUGCUAUAUGGGAGGUUGA